AUGGAGCUUCAGAACGGUCUUUGUCAAAGCAUGGAGAAUGGUACAUUAAUGAGAGUGAACAGAAUUCUGUACUGGAAUCCGGUUGUAGUUUUUGGUGGUCUAAUACAGUUUGAUAUCAUGACAAUCACUGACGAAAUGACUAUGCAGAAUAUGUUUCAAAUUCACCGGCAGACUCAGAUGCGACAGCCACAGAUUGAGCUGUAUGUUGAGUUUGAAAUCGUAGAGGCGGAAGGGAUUCAAAAUGAUUUAGAGGUGGAGGAUGAUAGAGCUGCAGUGUACGAGGGAAUGAAUAGUGACAGCGAAGAGGACUUUGAAGCCGGCGACGAAGACGAGGAUGGUGAUGUGGGAGUUGAGACAGUAGCGAAUAAUGCAGUGGUUCACCCCUGGAUUAGUCAACCGAUGAACGUGCCACCUUUUAUGCGUGAGUUGGAUCUCGACGCCAUGCAUGCACCGGAGUUUCCAGAAUAUUCAAACAUAGGCAUUGCUGAUCCUGAGGACGGAGAGUUCUGGAUUGGAAUGGAAUACAGUUCUAGAAAGUCGGUCGUGACAGCAAUUAGAAGUUACACUAUCGCUAGAGGAGUUGACUACGACGUGUAUGAGUCUGAGCCACAGACAUUCAAUGCAAAAUGCAAGAUGUAUGGGCGUGGGUGCGACUGGCUUAUCCGAGUCAGCUGGAUACGAAAAAGAGUUGCUGAGGCUAUAAGGCCAUUGGUCGAGACUGACCCGUCCAUCAAGGUGAAAUCUAUAAUAGCCGAAGUCCAGUCAAGGUUCAACUAUACCAUCAGUUACCGAAAGGCUUGGUUAGCAAAGCAGAAGUCCAUAGCGAAAGUUUUCAGUGAUUGGGAGGAGAGUUUCCAAGCCUUGCCAUGGUGGCUCUCGGUUAUGGUUCAGAAGAUACCUGAGUCAGUUGUCCAAAUAGAAACACGCCCACUGUAUAAUGGGAAUGAGGAGGCGCAAGGGGUAAAAAUACUUCAUUGCGUAUUUUGGAGUUUCAAUCCAUGCAUUAGGGCAUUUAGGCAUUGCAAGCCCCUAGUUCAAGUUGACAGCACACACCUAUAUGGAAAGUACAAAGGUACACUUCUGGUCGUUGUUGCACAUGAUGGAAACCAGAACAUUGUGCCUAUCGCUUUUGCCUUGGUGGAAGGGGAGACAGCUGAUACGUGGCACUUCUUUCUCAGGAAUCUGCAAAUACAUGUUGUCAGAAAAGAUGGUAUGGGAAUGAUCUCAGACCGGCAUGAGUCAAUUCGGGCAGCAGUAAAUCGUUUCGAAGAUGACUGGCAACCUCCAAGAGCAUGGUGGAUGUUUUGUAUAAGACACAACGGCAGCAACUUCCUACGAGCAUUCAAAGUCCCUCACUUGCAAAAGCUUGUGGUCAACAUUGGGUAUUCAAGAACGGUGGAUGAGUAUAACAUCAACUAUAAGAGGCUCCAAGAGCAAGGCGAGGCAUAUGCCAGGUGGUGCGACGCCAUUGGACUUAGACAUUGGGUAUUGGCAUUCGACGAGAUUAAGAGGGCCAUCCAUCUCCUUCGUAUCAUAUCGUGA